AUGUCGUCACCAACUAACGAUAAUAAUUCAUAUAAAACUCAAGAAUAUUGGAAUGAAAGAUAUUCAAAAGAAGAAACAUUCGAUUGGUUUAAAACUUACAAAGAUCUAUCGCCUUUGUUUAAGAAACAUUUACUUGAUGAGAAUGUUUCGAUAUUAAUGCUAGGAUGUGGAAAUUCAAAUAUGUAUGAUGAUGGAUAUUGUAAUAUAACAAAUGUUGAUUUCUCGAAUAUUGUAAUUGAUAAUAUGAAAGAAAAAAAUAAACAUAGAUCAAAGAUGUCAUGGUUGGUGAUGGAUGUUAGAGAUUUAAAGAUGUUAAAGGACGAUGAGUCAUUUGAUGUUGUGAUUGAUAAAGGUACAAUGGAUGCGUUGAUGUGCGAUGAAGGUGAUGUUUGGAAUCCUAAACCUGAAGUAAUUGAAAAUGUUGGCAAAGAAGUGGAUCAAGUUGUUAGGUAA